CCCAGAGCAAUAAAAACGUUUUACCCACAAUUCUGUGCUGCUUGGAGAUGCUGUGAGUGACCAACAUGGCGGAGCCUGCGGUGGAAAUUGUUGAAGGCUGCCGUCUUCCGGUGCUGCGAAAAAACCAAGAAAAUGAAGACGAGUGGCCAUUGGCUGAAAUUCUUAGCGUCAAGGACAUUCCUAGCAGAAAGCUCUACUAUGUCCACUAUAUUGACUUCAAUAAGCGACUGGACGAAUGGGUGACUCCAGACCGGCUAGACUUGAAGAAGCUCCAAUUUCCCAAAAAGGAGGCAAAGACCCCUACAAAGAAUGGCCUGCCGGGGUCUCGUCCCAGCUCUCCAGAAAGAGAAGUGAGGAAGAGUCUAGAUCUCAACGUUCAGUCUGCUUCAGCUCCUUCAAGAGGCAAAACCCUCCCCACACCGAAGAGAAAAGCAGAGUCUGUCUCUUUGGCUACACAAGUUACUGCAGCGACUCCAGUGCCUUCACUUCCCAGCUCUGCAGAGGCCAGUCAGGCCUCUGUGUAUCCCGCCAUGAGGGACUCCUCAUUCAGCAUUAAAGCCAGAGAAGAACACGAGCAGCUCACAUCUCUCACCACGAAUGGCACAACACGUCGUCUAAUUCCUUCUCAACCAGGAAGAAAAAGGAAAAAUUGUGUCGGGACGGAGGAGAUUGUAAAGGUGUUCCAGAAUAACAGCCCCCGCUCCUCCACCGUCUAUUUGCCCCCAGGAGAGGAUUCUCAGGACAGUUCUGAUGGUAUUCCCUCUGCUCCUCGCAUGACUGGUAGUUUGGUGUCGGACCGCAGUCACGAUGACAUCAUCACACGAAUGAAGAACAUAGACUGUAUUGAGCUGGGCCGGCACAGACUAAAGCCGUGGUACUUCUCUCCAUACCCACAGGAACUUACCACGCUUCCCAUCCUCUAUCUAUGUGAAUUCUGUCUCAAGUAUCUCAAGAGCCUCAAGUGUCUACAGAGGCACCUGACAAAAUGCAAUCUUCGGCACCCGCCAGGAAAUGAAAUCUACCGCAAAGGAACGAUAUCCUUUUUCGAAAUAGAUGGUCGUAAAAACAAGAUGUAUUCCCAAAAUUUGUGUUUAUUGGCCAAAUGCUUCCUGGACCACAAGACUCUUUACUAUGACACGGAUCCUUUCCUCUUCUAUGUAAUGACAGAGUAUGACUCUAAGGGUUUUCAUAUAGUCGGCUACUUCUCCAAGGAAAAGGAAUCAACAGAGGACUAUAAUGUGGCCUGCAUUUUGACUUUACCACCUUACCAGAGAAGAGGCUAUGGCAAACUACUAAUCGAGUUUAGUUAUGAGCUCUCUAAAGUGGAAGGAAAAACUGGUACUCCAGAGAAGCCUUUAUCGGAUCUGGGUCUGCUCUCCUACCGUUCAUACUGGUCUCAGACAAUACUGGAGAUCCUCAUGAACCUCAAAUCAGAGAAUGGAGAACGGCCACAGAUGACCAUCAAUGAAAUCAGUGAGAUCACCAGCGUCAAGAAAGAAGAUGUUAUAUCGACUCUUCAAUACCUCAAUCUCAUCAAUUAUUAUAAGGGUCAGUAUAUUCUCACUCUAUCAGAGGACAUAGUGGAAGGUCAUGAGCGGGCAAUGCAGAAGCGGCACCUCCGAAUCGACUCCAAGUGUUUGCAUUUCACUCCUAAAGACUGGAGCAAGAGGGGCAAGUGGUAAAAUUUUGGAUUUUCAGCAAACAUGUCAAGACGAUACAAGGAAUUCAGCCUGUAACCAUUCCUCAAAAUCAACUUCACCUGAAAAUGUGUGUUCAAGAAGACAAAAUUGGUUUAGAUGGUUCCACAUAAGCAUGUCGUGACUUACUGUUACACAUUUUCAUUUGAUCAGACGUCAAUCUGGUAACAUCUCACCAUGUCAAAAGAUCUUCCUAAAUACAAAAAUGUAUGGUCAGUGCCAUAAAAACACAACCACAACAGCAUUUACAUGUAAUUGUCCACCAUUUGUGAAUCAUAUUCGUUUUCCAAGGAGAGCUGCUGAAGCGGAGAUCAAUGAGGACUAGACAUCAAUGUGUCCCUCUAUGUGCGAUACUGUAGUGACUCAAGAACUUAAAGUGAGCGUAUGUAGAUUUUGAGACUUAAUAUUAAAUCAUAGCUUCACACUUCAGUUAUUUUAGUACUCAUACUUUUUUUUCCCAGCCAAAAAAACCUGCUGGACACACGUUUUUAACCAUAACUUCCACUCUGAGUCAGUUCUCACAAACAAAGCAGCCUUUGAUAUAAACAGCUUAUUUUUAACAGCUGCUUGAGCUGACUAUUUAACUUCCAUCUUCCUGACAGAGGAGAAAAUUGUUGAAUUGCACAAAUGUUUACCCCCUUUUUUUUGUUCAACCUUGCUGCAACUUUGUCUGUUGUGUUGUCAGCAGACAUACAGUACUCAUCAAAAUUGAAUUAGAUACUGCUGCUUUGUUGUUGUAUUUAACGGAUUAUGUGAAUGGACUUUACAUUGUCAUUGUGUCUGUACAUAAUUUACUACAUAUAAAGUAAAUGUCUUUUCUACAUUGUAUUUUUUUUCUAUGGUUUU